UAGCUACACUUGGCCAAACUUUCACGCUGGACGUCCGCGUGUCAAGCGCUGCUGCUAUCUUCCCUCCCUCCUCGUCCAAGCCUCCGAAGACUCUCUCGCUCCCACUGGACUGCGCAACUGCAGCGCAAUUAACAACCGGAGGUGCACCCUCAAAAUCAACCUUGGAGUUAACUUUCUUCUCCGCAUCUCACUUUCUCAUUAAAUGUCUUCUCGCGAGAGAGUGCAUUAAGAAGGGGGAAAAAGACCCUUUGGGGUUUUGCUUCUUAUUUGGACUACAUUGCGCCGGGCCUGGAGGCAAAGUCAACAAAAGUCCAUUUUUAACUGGAAUCCCGCACUUUAACAGCGAUGGAGUACCUCAAGUUUUACAUUUUGUUUUCAUGCUGGAUGACCUGUGCGAACACACUCGGGUCCACUGACACACCCCGGGGUCCUGCGUCUAUUCCUAUUGAAAAAUUGCUCGUGCUAACUGUGGCAACAGAAGAAACAGAUGGCUUUCUCCGCUUUAUGCAAUCUGCAAACUAUUUCAACUACACUGUGAAGGUGUUGGGAAUGGGCGAUGAAUGGAAAGGUGGUGAUGUUGGCCGCUCUAUCGGUGGAGGGCAAAAAGUCAGACUACUGAAGGAGACCAUGGAAGGUCUUGCUGACCAGGAGGACCUUGUGAUCCUCUUUGUUGAUAGCUAUGAUCUUAUCUUCGCUGGGGGACCAGAGGAGAUACUCAGGAAGUUCCAGCAAGUCAAUCAUAAAGUCAUUUUUGCUGCAGAAGGGCUGAUAUGGCCAGAUAAGCGACUGGCUGACAAGUAUCCCUCAGUCCGAAGUGGCAAGCGGUAUCUCAACUCAGGAGGAAUAAUUGGGUAUGCCCCAUACAUCAACCGAAUUGUUUCACAGUGGAACCUUCAUGACAAUGACGACGAUCAGCUUUUCUACACCAAAAUAUUUGUGGAUUCACUACAAAGAGACUCCCUCAACAUGACACUGGACAACAAGUGCCAGAUUUUCCAGAACCUUAAUGGAGCAAUUGACGAAGUACUCCUCAAAUUUGGAACGAACCGUGUGAGAGUCAGAAAUACAGCGUAUGACUCUCUGCCGGUGGUUGUCCAUGGCAACAUGAAUACCAAACUGUACUUGAACUACCUGGGCAACUACGUUCCCAACACAUGGAACUAUGAACACGGUUGCAGCCACUGUGACGAUGAUGUCGUGGAUAUAUCUCAGUUGAAAGAGUAUCCCAAUGUGUUGGUCGGCGUCUUCAUCGAGCACCCGACGCCAUUUCUUCCCGAGUUCUUCCAACGUUUAAUGACAUUGGAUUACCCCAAAGACAAGCUCAAUGUUUUUGUCCACAACAAUGAGGUUUACCACGAGAGGCACAUGCAGAAGUUUUGGGAGGAACAUAAGAAUGUGUUCCGCAGUUUGAAGGUUGUUGGACCGGAAGAGAAUCUUAGCCAAGGAGAGGCCAGAAAUAUGGCUAUGGAUAUUUGCCGCCAGGACAUCACAUGUGACUUCUACUUCAGCAUAGACUCAGACGUGAUGCUCACCAACACACAGACUCUGAAACUCCUCAUAGAGCAAAACAGGAAAAUUAUCGGUCCCCUCGUCACUCGCCACAACAAACUGUGGUCUAACUUCUGGGGAGCGUUGAGUCUGGAUGGUUAUUACGCACGCUCGGAAGAUUACGUUGAUAUUGUGCAGAGAAAACGAGUGGGUGUAUGGAACAUUCCUUACAUGGCACACAUCUACCUGGUUAAGGGCAGUGUUUUGAGGAAUGAGUUAAAAGAAAGGAACUACUUUGUUCUUGAGAAACUGGACCCUGACAUGGCUUUGUGUAAACACACAAGAGAGCUGACCAGUCAGAGAGAAAAAGAGUCCCCUUCUCCGGAAUCAUUCCAUAUGCUCAGGCCCCCAAAGGGAGUCUUCAUGUACUUAACAAACAGACACGACUUUGGAAGGCUCAUUUCCGCAGCCAAUUAUAACACUUCUCAUUAUAACAGUGACUUGUGGCAGAUAUUUGAAAACCCCCUGGACUGGAAGGAGAAGUACAUCCAUCCAAACUACAUGAAAAUUUUCACUGAGAACCACAUGGAAGAGCCUUGUCCAGAUGUGUUUUGGUUCCCAGUCUUCACAGAAAAGGCCUGUGAUGAGCUAGUGGAGGAGAUGGAGAACCACGGCUCGUGGUCUGGUGGCAAACAUGAGGACAAGCGGAUUGCUGGAGGUUACGAAACCGUUCCGACGGACGACAUUCACAUGAAGCAAAUCGGAUUUGACAAGGAGUGGCUUCACUUCAUCCGAGAGUUUAUUGCGCCUGUCACGCUUAAAGUUUUCUCAGGGUAUUAUACAAAGGGUUACGCGGUCAUGAACUUCGUCGUUAAAUACACUCCUGAGAGACAAGCAUACCUGAGGCCGCACCAUGACUCCUCCACCUUCACUAUCAACAUUGCCCUCAAUAACAAAGAUGUAGACUUUCAGGGUGGUGGCUGUCGUUUCCAUCGGUACAACUGUUCGAUAGAGUCGCCUAGGAAAGGCUGGAGCUUCAUGCACCCAGGACGACUAACUCAUCUCCACGAAGGUCUACCCACCACCAACGGCACACGCUACAUCGCAGUGUCCUUCAUCGACCCCUAAAAAAACAGUCUAAUUCCACUGUAAUUGAAACAUUUGACUGAUCUUGGCUCACCGUGCUUGUUAUGUGCGUUUUUGUGCCCCAGUGUUUUGUAGAUUUUUUUUUUUUUUUUUAAAGCUAUUUGCUUUAAAAAGAUGAGCGAUUGCAUUAAGUGAAUCUCUGUCAGACAGAGUGUUGACUGGAAAAGGGACGUGGCAAAUUCAAACAUUAGCUACACAAAAGAGAAAGGCAUUUUGCUAGCAAGGUACAAACAUUUCAGAUGUUCAUAUCUAGCCAUUAAAUAAUACAAUGCUUUCAUUGUGUAUUUGGUGAUCUAAUAAUUUUACCUUGUAGGUGUAUCAGGCUAGCGUGCAGAUUCUUUGUGUAUUUGGGUCGAAAAAGUUGAGGUGCACAAUGUAGGAUUGGUGGCCAAAAAUGGUACUGCAACUAGAUCAAAAUAUUGACUAGCAGAAUACUUUCCAGAAUACUGCUUCACAUUGGAGAACCUGCCGUAAAAGAACUAAUUGGCAGGCGACGAUUCCACUUCAGAAGGUGUCUUAUUUCUAAUAAUUUUCAUGCAAGAUGUUUUCAAUGUAAUAAUGCCAAAAUUUAGUAAUGACGAUUAAAAGAGCUGUGAUACGAGGUCCAAGUUAGUUUAUGUUACCAUGACCAGAGUGAGAGAGUGCUACUUUUCUCAAUGUAUAACCACACUGGCAAAGAAAUAUUUAAUUUGGUAAUUCAUUGACAGCAUCCACAAAGACGAUUUAAUUGUGCCAUCCAUUUUAAUUUCAACUACCGACUAAAUAUAUACACUUGUAAAGACCAUAUUUUGUCACGGUUAAUAGAUUCACAUGCUAAAUAAGGUGGCACUAGUUAGUGGAUCCGCAGGCUAAAUAAUGUGGCACAACCACGCCAAAUGAAUGCAUAUCCUUGUUGUACUUCUUUUGUUGGCUUGACUACUUUGAGAUUGGUAAUAGAUUUUGCUUGAGUUGCACAGAGGUGGCUAGAGUAGCCAAAAUUUUUACUCAAGUAAGAGUAGCGUUACUUCAAAAUAAUAUUCCUCAAGUAAAAGUAGUCAUCCAAAAAAUGUACUCAAGUACAAGUAAAAAAGUAUCUAGUGAAAAGAAUCCUCAAGUACCGAGUAACAUUGUAAGAAACUGCUUAUUUUUGUUAUUUUUUAUUUUUAUUUUUUUUAGCAAUGGUAUUUUUUUCUCUCAGCACAAACCUAUCUGUAUGAACUGUUGUUAUAAUUAUACUAUACAAGAACCCAUUAUAUAACCACACUAAGCCAAAGAAAAACAAAAACAAAAACAUUGAAUUCUGGCACGAGAAAAAAAGUCAAGCAUUAUUCGUCCAAGGAGCAUGAUUUGCCCUCUAGUGGAGAAAAUAGUUCCUAGUUUGAAAAGUGAAUACAGUAGUUCCUUCGUUACUAUUAUGAAAUUAAAAGGAUCAUAUCUCUGAUUUUCUGUGAUCAAUCAGUGCCAAAUAAAAACUGGGAGAGAGGUUUAAAUCCACGCUUUCGAUCCAUGUUGAGGGCAGCGCUCUAUGUCAAAUACUUCAUUUUUUACGGCGCUUUAAAGAUUCUACGUGAUUGAAUAGGCUGGCGUGAUCAUAGAAGGACUAGCUUGCGUCAGAUUGGUGUAAUGGAGUCAUGUGAUUAGUGUCGCGACUUCUCAUUGGUGAAAUAAGUGGAGCUACUCAUGAGAUUGCUGGGGGAAAAAAUGUUAAAGAGGAAAAAUGAAAUGACUUUUGUGUAGCCCAAAGUAGCGGAGUAAGAAUAGCAUUUUUUCUUCACAAAUCUACUCAACCAAAAAGUAUGGCUUAGUAAAACUCCUCUUAGAAGUACAUUUUUCUCAAAAGUUACUCAAGUAAAUUUAACGUUGUGCAUGUAACGCGUUACCACCCACCUCUGGAGUUGCAUAAUUUAAACUUUGACAAAGUGCCUUAGUUUUUGGGGCGUACAGAGUUGUGGCAACCCGGACGAAGACUGGAAACUGGUCUCGAGCUGAUGAUGAACUCGGAAGCAGAACAGAGACAAAUUUGCUACGCGUAAAUUGACUUUCCGCUUAACCAUUAACCGCUUAACCAAUCAUUCGCUGCUCAGCCUUCACCGUGUACAGACGCACUCUCUGAGCUCCUGAAGCACUCUGUUGACUGUGGUAUUGUACAGUUUUGAUGUAUGUUCCAUGCCUGAAUGUGCGUCUUUAGUUGUAUGGGGGACGGGAAACUGAUAAGCAUAUGCUUCAUCCCGUCCGCCUUUGUCUUCUGUUUCGGUUUCUUCGGGCAAAUCAUAUCACAUUUUGUAAUUGUCAAUGAUUGUCAAUGAUACCGAUGAUGAUGAUGACAAUAAAAUUCCAUUCAUUCAUUCAAGAUCCGUUUUAGAAGUAUUUCCGAAAACCAUGUUUAAUGUCUAUUGAAAUAUUAUGGCCAUUUCCUUAAUAAUUGAAGUGUAUAUCCUACAUUGUGCACCUUUAAAAAGCAAAACGUGAUUUAUUGUGUACAUUUUUCUUAAAUCGACUGGUGCUAAUCAACAUUUUUUUUUUCAUUGGUGAUUCAAGUGAGUCAAUGUGUUUGUGGUCUGAUAAUCUAUUUUUGUAUUUUGCACAAGAAAAAAAAAACAGGCCAGCAGAAUUUAUUGAGUUUUCUUUGAAUGAAGUCUGUUACUUGAAGGCCCGUCACCUGCCUCUGUCAAAUUGACGUUCAUCUUUUCUGAAAAAAACAUCUGAAAAAAAAAAUGUUCCGUGUGAAUGAAAGUUUGCAGCUCUGCAAUUUGCCGUUUUUAAUUUAUUGCUGAAAUAUAAUAAAAUCUGAAAUAGAGUUUUGAUUCUUCACAUUAUUGUAUUGAAUUUCAAUGCUGAAUUACUUAACUGUAACAUUCCCUCUGCAACUAUAAUGCGGUAAAUCUUGAAUUGAUGACUCGGUGCAUCAGACAGCUGUCCCCUGCUUUCUCACAAUAUCUACUUGCCUUCCAACUCCUUUAACCUGUCCUUCACUGAACAUGUCACAUGCAAAAACAAUCACUAUCGCUUUAGUACUCAAACGCUACAGUGACUGUUUAAAUGUGAACUGAUGAGCUCCAUUAGUGCAACUGUAGUUCAGUUUACCUUGGGGAAGAGAGUGUAUAUACAUGCAUGUGUGCACAUGAAAGUUGGACAUAUGAGGAAUGUUAAGCCUGGAA